AAAAAUACUCUCAAGAGGAACACCAAGCCUUCCUAAGGCUAAAAGAAGGUCUCUUUUGAAUUUUGAGAUGAUGGUUCCGAUUCUGAUUCAGAUGCAGAUGAUACUGAUCUUGUAAGGAAGUCAAAAGCUAUUGAUGAUGAAUGAAAGGAAAAGAGAGGAGGAGGAUGGUGAUUUAGAAUUGCAGCUCAAUAUUAAAGAAGAAGCUGAUGAGUUCAGACUGCCAGCACCUGAGGCUUGCAUAAUGUUCAAGUUCUUGAUUAGAGGUUUUACUUGUCAGAUGGGAAAAAUUAUGAAUGCGGAGCUCGAAGAAGAAACAAAUAGACCCCCGGAUCUCUCUAAUCUCCAAAGGAGGAUAAAAGAGAUUGUUCGGGUGCUUUCAAAUUUCAAGUCAUUGAGGCAAGAAGAUGUGACAGCUGUUCCCCCUGUUGAGUUGAUUGAACUUAUUGAAGCAUUUGAAAAGCCCCGGCCAAUUUCUAUGUGGACAAACACUUUAAAGACUCGCAGACGGGAUUUAGCAGGUGUUCUUCUUAACAGAGGUGUCAAUUUGGAUCCACUAAGCAAAUGGUCAAUUUGGAUCCACUAAGCCUCUGUGUUUUGUUUGGGUUGACCCAUUAUUUAAGUAUCAAUUUGGAUUUGUUAUUUCUUAUUUUUAUAUGUAUCAUUACUUAUUUCAGCUUAUGCAUUGUUUAUU